AUGGACGUGGCAUACCAAUGGAGCGGCAAACUACCAAUGCGCAACUACGAGUCCAUGAACUUUUCACGUAAGGUCUUUCUCGGUGGGGUGCCCUGGGAUAGCAGCAGCGAUGAUCUCAUCUACGCCUUCUCGCGUUUUGGCAACGUCUCCGUACUCUGGCCCCAGAGAGAUGGUUACGCGUUUUGCAGUGUGCACGAUAAUUCCGACCGCGCCUCUACCCCGAAGGGCUACUGCUACCUUCUGUUUGAGCACGAGUCAUGUGUAUGUGAUCUGCUCUCCUGUUGUGUUCGUGAUCCCGUCUCUGGUGGUGACUACUACAAACUUUCCGGCCCAAAAUUGAAAUCCAAAGACGUCCAGGUUAUUCCCUGGGUCAUCAGUGAUAGUCAGUACACUCCCAAUGCCUCUGUGCGCACCGAUCCGGGCAACACCGUGUUCGUGGGUGCCUUGCACGGCAUGAUAACUGCGGAGGCAUUGGCUAGGAUCAUGAGCUCUCUAUUUGGCGAGGUCACUUUCGCGGCACUUGAUACAGACAAAUAUAAAUAUCCCAUUGGUUCUGGACGUAUCGUAUUCGCGGACAACAGAAGUUACAUGAAGGCUGUAACAGCCAACUUUGUGGAGGUCCGAACACCAAAGUUCACCAAGACCCUUCAGAUCGACCCCUUCCUGGAAGAUUCACCCUGCAAUAACUGUCUUAACUCACCAGGCAUCUACUUUUGUCGAGCAUUUGAAUGUUUCCGAUACUUUUGCCCUAAUUGCUGGCACCAGUGGCACAAUGUGACCGAAUCACUCUCAAACCACAAACCUUUACGCCGCAGUCUUAAGCCGUUCGUCGAUCGUUCGAUCUAG